AUGAAGAGCUGGCUCCGGACGCUGGGCCUAACGGCCCUUUUGGCAGGCUCAGUGCUAGCCAACGAUGUGGAACUGAAAUCCGAUGAAGCGCACCGACAACGUUGCUCAGGGAUGUACAGCCGCAAGGCUUGGGGAGGAAGUGUUGACCCUUUCAUCUUGGUGAAGUUCUCAACAUCGGCUGCAACACAGGGCGAUCCACUGGCCAGCUUGGUGAUUUUCGAAUGGCAAGAUGAGGAUUUGAUUGGUCAAUACCGGGACGGGAAUGCAGAUAGCAACGAGCUCAAAGAAACCAUCUGCGACCAGAACAAUGUCGACCUCGAACUUUGCACCGCAGACCAGAUCGGGUCUUUCCUUUUGGCCAACAACGCGAGUGACGCCUCUUUGAAUCCAAUCGUGUCCACGGCCGUCCACUUGAACAACCCGGACGCCAUCAAGUACACCGUGCGGAAGACCGGCUUCUACUGUGUCAGCACAUAUGCAUACUCUGACGAGCCCUACACUGCCGUGGUGACUUUCCGCAACUCGUAUGGCGAGCUCCCUGCUGCACAAAUUGCAAAGCUUCCUUUCUACGGUGCUUUGACCAUUGUGUAUGCUGUCGUUGGUGUAUUCUGGGCAUUCCUCUAUGUUCAAAACCGCCAUGACAUUCUACCCGUUCAAAACUACAUCACAGCCAUUGUGGUGUUCUUGAUCGUUGAACAGUUGAUGACCUGGGGAUUCUAUAAUUACCAAAACCUCCAUGGCAUGAAUGCCGGAGCGAAGGCGAUGAUGAUUAUUGUUGCGGUUCUGAACGCCGGUCGAAAUGCCUUCUCGUUCUUCCUCCUACUCAUUGUUUGCAUGGGUUAUGGUGUUGUCAAGCCUUCUCUCGGUCGCACUAUGAUUUAUGUUCGUAUUCUCGCAAUUGCCCACUUUGUCUUCGCUGUCGUCUACUCUGUUGCCAGUCUUUCAAUUACACCCGACAGCGCUGGCCCCCUGGUGCUCCUGAUCGUUCUUCCCCUCGCUGGAACCUUGACAGCGUUCUAUGUCUGGACCUUGAACUGUCUGAAUGCCACUAUGAAGGAUCUCAUCGACCGCAAACAGAAGACUAAAGCGAUGAUGUACAAGAAACUGUGGUGGUGCAUUCUUGGCAGCAUCAUCGUCAUCUUCGGCUUCUUCUUCAUCAAUUCCUUCGCCUUUGCUGGCCGCAGCGACGCCGAUUUUGUUCCUCAGCACUGGAAGGCGCGGUGGUUCGUCUUGGAUGGUUGGCUCAACCUGGUAUACUUAUUUGACAUCUGCUUCGUGGCCUACCUGUGGCGACCAACUGUCAACAACCGGCGCUUCGCCAUGAGUGACGAGCUUGCCCAAGAUGACGAUGGCUUUGAGAUCCGAUCUUUCGGUAGUGGACUCGAUGAGGAGGAUCCUCUGGAUGAUCCUCCAGAGUACCCUGGCAGUUCCGCCGAGGGCCGCCGCGACCUUUCCCCCAUGCCGCCGAAGCCCGUAUCCUCUGCCCACCGUGCAUCCCUCGAUGAAGAAACCAUUUUCGCUGUUGGCGAUGAGGACAAGUGGUCUGAUGAUGACGAGUCUCCACGCAACUCAGGCGAACAUCAAAGACUUACUCAUUAG